CGCCGUGAUUGUUCAACCUUGACCUCGCAUCCUCACUUGUGAAUGACCAGCGGUCGCGUCUUGCCGCCCGUCCUCUAAGCCGUGUCAAGCAUGGCUCCGACAAGACCACGUCCCCAAGUCGCCGCUCCGCAGGGGCUCAAGAAGGUGCACCGCAAACCGCGUACACAAAGAGAACCCUCCGACAGCUGGGAGCUGCUCGACCGUCACGAACUUGACGCCAACGCGGACGACGAUGUGGAAGGGGUAGGACAAUCCAUGCGCAUCCGAAACUCGGCAGAUGUGGACGAGGCCAUGAAUCCGCUACGCGAAAUGGCGGACCGCAUUGGAAAGGAGGUCGAAACUUUCGCCGUUACUCUGGACACAUAUCUCUUCAGCCGUAAGGACCGGGAGUCAAGUAUCUUUGGCCCCGCCCACGACGUCGUGGUUGCAUUCAAAGCGAUUGCCGAAGAGAAGGUCCAUGAGAUCAAGCGAGGUCAUGAGCAGGAGGUGAGAGCUCAGCUGAAGAAGGAAUGGAGUGAACAGGCGCCAGUUCCUGCUGCUUCUCUCGCCCUUGCGCCUUUCACGUCUACAGGGUUGGGCUCGCUCACCACCAGACAGGCGGAGCAAGUCAAGCAAUUACGCCAAUGGCAACAAGAGGCGGAUAUCUGGGAGCUUUUCAGGAUACUACUCGAGCUGCACCCAUCCGAAGCAAAGGCGCGAGCCGCACGUGCAGGGCAUAAUGAGAAGCGCCUCAAGGACAUGGGACCUCCGCAUCGCUAUGCUUCUGAAAGUGAUCUCUGGGAGCGAUUCAUUAUCGAGAAUGACCUGGCAAGAGAGCGAUACAUGAUCAAAACCUGGUUGGAGCAGACUGCAGAUCAUCAGAUCAGUGAUGUGCAGGGUAUUGUCGAAGAGCUGGAAGCGAAAGCUGGCAGAGGCAAAGGUCUUUGGUCGUCUGGCUGGAUGCACACUCGGGAGAAGAUCAAAGGCGAGAAGCGGUUGAGGAUGUGGCCCAGCGCCGAAGACUCGCCUCAACCUCAGAUCAGACGCUCGGACAACACUGAAUUGCUCAUCACGACCCUCGACCCGGAUGCGCCUGCACGACAAAGCCGCACUCUCGAAAAGCCCGAUGCCUAUUUCGAACGCGCAAUUUGGGUGGCCUGCUGGGAAAUGCUGCGCCGCGGAAGCUCGCUCGAGGAUAUUUCAGCCUGGUGUGAAGAGCGUAGAGAGGGUUGGCGAGCUCUUAUCAUGGGUGCAGGGCUUGAUGACGCCAAAUCCGCACCAUCCAACGUCCUCUGGAGACGAAUGUGUCUCCUCGCAUCCCGCUCAGGGACUGUGACGGACCACGAGGCUGCUGUCCUGGGCCAAAUUGGUGGCAAUGUCAAAGCUAUGGAAAGGGUGGCGUACUCUCUUGACGAUCACCUCUACGCUCACUACAGUGCUGCGCUUACGCAACAAUUCGACCAAUACCUGCUCGCCACCAAUCCCGCGAAGGCCCGCCAUUCUACUUCACGUCGGAACCUACUGGAGGAUUUCGCGUUCGAUCCCGAACACGCACAGCGCGCUAUCAACGAUUUGAUCACGCGUUUGAGGAAGAAUGCAUCCACCAGUUCGGAGUCUGCUCAACCAAUGAAAAUCAUUCAGAGCUUCUUGCUUGAAAACGAAGUGGCUCGCCUGAUUCACACAGUUGGCGCAGCGAUUGCGGAGACAGCUGCUCUCCAAGGGCCGGAGGAUAUGAUAUAUCUCCGUGAUCGGGAAGCCAGCAACGGUGGAACGCCCAGGGGCGAGGCGGAGGUCGCACUCAACCCUCAGACGCUGAGAAUCGUCGCGCACAUGGCCAUUGUGCAUCGUUUUUCGAGCCCGAAUACACUUCACGGGGACGAGCUCCUCGAGGAUGAGAACGUGCUCGUAGCUUACAUCCAAGCGCUGCGGCAGGCGCGUAAAUGGUCUCUCAUUCCCAAUUACGCAGCCAAGUUGCAACGCCAGAGGUACAUUCUCGUCAUGGGACGGGUGUUGCAAGACGUCAGGGAUGCCGGCGAGCGGACAGAGAUCCUUGAGCUUCUGGAAGCGAAUCAAAUGGACAUUGUGUCGAUCCUGCAGGAACAACUGGCCUGGCAUUUGGACAUGGCUUUCCCCAGCCAAUAUGCUGAGAAGCCAUUGACCAUCCUCGAACCGGCGCCUCCCGAGAAGGCGAUAUAUCCCGGAUAUAGAAUCAACGAGAAAUUCUUGCCGACUGGAGCCGUCGAGGGUGACGACGCUGUGAUCAGAGCCUUGGAAUGGUUCCUGUUGCUCAAAGGAGGUUGGGAGGUCACGUUCAAAGCCCUUGCAAUAGCUUUGAGAAAGUGUCUUGUCACUGGGCGCCUCGCAUGCGCGGUCAGGAUUGUGAAUGCCUUCCCAUACGACAAAGUCUCCCAGGACAAAGCACAGCAGACAAUGGGCGCCAAAAUUAACCCCAUGGACUGGCCAGCCACGCUUCCUCAAGACGAUCUCUCGGACGACGACCUCCGCAUCUCCCUUAUGAGACGCCAAUCCCGAACCUUCCACGAACUCUCCCAACUCGUCUCCAUCAUCCAAUCAUUCCACCCCUACCGCCGCGAAGAAGCCAAAUACGCCGACGGCGAAAAACGCCCCGCCACGGUGCCCCGGCCCUUGAAAGACGCCAAAGACGUCAUCAGCGCAAACAUGGAGCCCCUCCUCCACGGCAUCCUCCAACACCCCGUCGACGACGUCGAGGCGCAGGAUCUGGCGUAUAUCCGCCUUGCGUACGUGCCGGAGGUGGUGAUCACUUACGUUGUUGUGCUUUACGCGGCCGGUCGGACGAUUACUAGGGAUGCGUUGCUGGACAGCAUGGAGCUCAGCGGGGUGAUUGCGAACUCGGAGCCCGCAGAUGUUGCGAGUGGGGAGCCUGGGAAUGGGCUGGCGGAGGUGUUUGUGCAGGCCGGCAGGAUGAGGGAGCUGGUGGAGUUUUUCGCGAAGACGGCCAAGUCUAUGCUGGUGCUCAAGGCGGAGGGCAAGCCGUGGAGGCCGAAGAAGGGGACGGUGGGGAAGGAUUUGGGGAUGUGGGAGAUUGGUGGCGGUGGGGAGGAGUUGUAGCGGCAUUGAGGAAAGGCGGUAGUUUGAAAACUAGAGACAUGGAAUCCAUAU